AUGGCUCAACAAACUCUUCCUGCUGAGAAGGCAACAAGUUCAACCAAUAAUUUAGUCACACGAAACAGUUUAACCUCAAGACAAGUCAACCAAGAGCAUGAACAAGCAGCAGAGAAAGACCAGGGGUCAGCAGGCGAGGACAGUGACCUGGCCCGGACAGGGCCGAAGAAGUCCCCGGCCCUUGUGCCCCGCCGCCCCGGACCAGGGACUCCGCGGCGACCCCCCUGCCCGCCCCGCGCCCGAGCCCAGGACCGGGGCAGGGAAAGAAGCGGGCGCCACGCGCGGGCAACUUGGAGACUUACCUUCCCGGAUGCGCUACACCAUCAAUGGAGGAGAGAAAACGAGGCAGAGACGGUGUGGGAGGUGAGCGAGGGGCGAGGACGCGGGAUGCGGAGGCGGGGGCGAGACCCGAGGCGGGCGGACGUCUCGGGCGUGCUGGAGGAAAGGCUGCUGAGAGCGCGGGGGGCGGCUCGCGAGCGUCUGUGGGAGCAGCAGCGCCUCGGCGAUGGUGGCCGAGCCGCGGCGGGGCUGCUGCACCGACCCGCCGCCCACUCCGCGCUCGGGCCCGGCCCACCUCGCAGUAUCGCGCCUCGCCAUUGGUGCAGCCCGGAGUGA